CUCCCUUACUCUCUCAAUGCGAAAUAAUAGACUGCAGCCUUGUGCUCAACUCUGCUCUUUCCCGCUCGUACUCCAAUCACACUAAUCACGUUAUGUUGGCGGUUUAGCUAAGGGUGCGAAGGAGGCACCAGUGUUCAAAGUUGUUGCUGUGUUAAUUUGUUUCUGUGUUGGUAGAUUUGUGUGUUCAAUUUGCAUUUGAAAAGAACGGGAGAGUUGUCAUUGGAUUAAGUUGUAUUUGUCGCUAUGGGAGACGUGAUUUCGAGCCACCUGGAUGAGGGCAAACGGGAGAUCAUUACAGCCAGGACAGGCGAGGUGAUUGGAGAGUUUAGCCGUCUGUAUGAGCAACAGUAUGCAGUGGCCCUUUUCAACAAGGUCCGCUUUGACAUCGAGGGAGGAGGUGGGCCCCAGCCACAGCUACUGCACCGCAAGGUUCCUCUGGAGAAUAGAUCCAUCUUCUCUGGAGCUCUGUUCCAGUUUCUGGAGGAGAACAAUAAAUGGAGAAACCACUUCAUCUUCGUUCCUGACUCCUACACUAUCAACUACUAUGACAACAAAGUGUCUCACGAGAGAGGGCUUCACCCCAAGGGAAACAUCAACUGUGCUGGGUACAAAGUGCUGACUUCAAUGGAUCAGUACCUGGACCUGCUCAACAACAGCCUGCCUGGUGUAAAGGCUAAAGUGGGUAACUCUCCCUUCCUGAAGUGUGCCACCCAGUUCCCCCUGAUCCUGUGGCACCCGUACGCCCGCCACUACUACUUCUGUGUGGUGACGGAGAAAGAGCAGCAGAAGUGGCAUGCAGUCUUUCAGGACUGUGUAAGACAUGCCAAUGAUGGUUUAUCAGAGGAGAGCCAGGUGCAGACUCCGGCCUUCACAGACGCAGUGAGGCUCUACCGCCAAGCCCACGGGCAGUAUGGCACCUGGGAGAUGAUGUGUGGGAUCCCCUCACAGAUUCUGGCCAACCUGGUGAUGGAGACUCUUCUCCCUGAGCUCAGGGAUCUGAUCUCCCCUCGACUCAAAGGCAAAAUGCACGACAGGCAGAGGAACUGGAUGCUAGUCUGUGACGCGGUGUAUGUUCUGGUGGUGAGGCAGGCCCAGGCCCAGUACGAGGCUGUGGUGCAGAGCUGUGAGGCCCGACGCCCUCCUCUAGAGGCCUCCAUACGCACAGACAUGGACCAGAUCAUCACCUCCAAGGAGCACGUCGCCAAUAAAAUCAAAGCGGUGGUGCUGCCUAAGGCAGAGAAGCUGCUGAUGGUUAGUAUCCAGCCCUACAUCAGCUCUAUCCUGGAGGCCCUGAUGGAGCCCACCAGCCGAGGCUUCUCUCAGGUCAGAGACGUCUUCUUCAGAGAGCUGGUGGACUUGAGCAAGAACACACUGAACGACGCCACCAAGGAGAAAGUGGGAGAGCACAUGGACAAGAUCUCUAUGCUGGCGUUCCACCCGGUGAAGAUGCAGAGCUGCUAUGAGAAAGUAGAGGACCUGAGUCUGGAUGGCCUGCAGCAGAGGUUCGAUGUCUCCAGCCCCUCUGUGUUUGUCCAGAGAGCACAGAUUCUCAUGAGAGAGCAAAUGGACGAUGCCGUAUACACGUUUGAGCAGAUCCUCCACCAAAGUCUGGAGGACCAGGGGCCAGAGGGGCUCUGUAAGAACAUCCAACGCUGCCAGGACCGGGUCAUCAAGAAAUUUGACUAUGACAGCAGCACAGUCCGGAAGAGGUUCUUCAGAGAGGCUCUUCUUCAGAUCUUCAUCCCUUACAUGCUGAAACAGCUCACUCCCUCUUUAUCCCCUGAGCUGCCUCGUUUCCAGGAGCUGAUCUUCGAGGACUUUUCUCGUUUUAUCCUGGUGGAGAACAUCUUUGAGGAGGUGGUGUUGCACUCUGUCAUGAAGGACAUCAUGAUGGGGUCUUCUUCUGUAUGCCCACGUAGCCUGGACUGUGCCCGAGCAAGGAGACAUUUCUGCCAGCCGGGCAGCUCACACUGUGGCCCCUGCCUCACCCCGCUGGUAGAGAACUCCCAUGGCAGAUGCAUAGUGAAGAGGAGGCCCAGUCACACCCCUCAUUUUGGCAAAGUGACCACUUUCCCUGAAGUGGAUGAGGAGAUAGACUUCCUGUCCACCAUCAUCAGCCAACAGGAGACUGAAUCAGGUUUCAGGCAUUCAGCUUCUUCCUUUCAGGAUGUUCCUAAAGUCAAGGAGGAGGAGGAUGACAGAUCAAUGAUCCUCACCCAACGGCCUACCACAGAGCAGCCUACUACACACGGCGCCACUACAGCCCCUCCACCCAUCUCUAUCACUACAGCCAACACCACCACUACCAGCCACUCCACAGCAGUACGCAGUGGUCCCCUGAUCAUCCCUUACCCCUCCAACAGCCGAGUGUUUAUCAUCAUGACCAGUGUGUUUUUGGUUGUGGGGUCUGUUGCCUUGCUCUUGGCUGCUGUCUGUUGGAUCAGGUUGCAGAGAGGUGUGCGGCUGGCUCAGAAGGUCGACUACCCAGCUUAUGGGGGGAUGGGGCCCCAUUCCUAUGACAAUGAUGUGCUUGGGGAUAGGAGGCUGGCUCAGAGUGCCCAGAUGUACCACUACCAACACCAGAAACAGCAGAUGCUCUGCCUGGAGAAACACAGGGAUGAACCCAAGGUGCCUGACUCCGGGGCCACGUCAGAUGAGGAGAAUGAGGAUGGGGAUUUCACGGUAUACGAGUGCCCUGGACUGGCCCCGACAGGAGAGAUGGAGGUGAAGAAUCCUUUGUUUGAUGACUCCACCCUUUACCUUCAGAGGAGCCACAAGUAACCCUGACAACUCUGGACAUUCUGAUAUGCACCUAUAAAACAUACCACCCUACAUGUACAGGAAGAUCAAAUCAUACUCACUCCCUUGCACACCUACAAACACACAUCAGGUUUCUCUGUCUGACCUUUUGACCUGUCCCACAAGAUACACUACUUACUCUGAAGGGCUGGUGACGAGGAGGAGGAGGACUGUAUGAACAUUAUAUCUGAAUGACCGACUGACGUGAAUCUCCUCUUGAAACUGACUGAUAUCUGGGACCAAUGACGUCUCACACUCUCAGAAAACCUACAUGAUCUUUAAGCUUUCCGUCUGGCCUAUCAUAACCAUGCCUUGUUUUGUUGUAUGUUAACUCUGUUAUCUCUUGUGGAUUUGAUACUGUAAUAUCCUCUGUUUUUUUCUGUCAAACAUGUGCACAACCAACUAACUGACAGAGAUUAGCGUGUAUGAUGAUGGAUACUAUUCUCCAUGUUCUGCAAGAUUCUAUACCUGAACUUUUCCAACAAGAAAUGAACACGAAAAUUAUUGUUUUCGUGUUCUGUUGAAAAAUGUUCUACGGUGUGCACUAAUGAAUACUACCCUGCUUCAUAUGACAGAUACCGACAGAAAGGUUCAGGAACAGAGCAGAGAAGAACUACAUUGAAAAAAUAAAUAUGUUAUGGGUCUGUGGGUGUAUGAUUUAUUACAUUACACAAUCUGUGGAGACUAACUUUGAUACUUGCAUCAUACUUUUGAAUGUUACCCAGACCAUGACUUCCAAUGAACUAUACAGGCCAAACCACAAACCUUUAGUAAUAGUGAACAGGAAGAUUGUGUUGGAGGCACACACUUUGUGCAGAAUGUGAAAUUGAAUAACCAAUCCAGAUACAAGUUUCCUAAAUCAUAGACUGCAGUAUGACCCAGACUCCUGGACUAAAAAGCAUUGAUAAUCUCUGUUGAAAAUUCAGUUGAGGAAUAGGCUUAAUCUGGGUCUGGGAACUGGUCCUUUAAAUCAUUCUGGAACUGCAGAUGUUAGGCCAUAUGCCUUUGAAACAGAGCUGGAGCAUAGUGGGAAUAUGCCAAUGUAUCAAGCUGUCAAUAGUAAUCAUUGGCAGACUAAAUAUCUGUGUCCCAAAUAACACCCUAUUCUCUACAUGGUGCCCUACUUUUGCCAGCGCAUUAUCGACCCCGGUCAGAAGUAGUGCACUACAGUAUGUGGAGAAUAUGAUGCCAUUAAUGACGCAUUCCGAAGAUCUGGAUCAACUCAUCUUUGACUUUCUUCAUUACCAAAAUGUUUUUUUCUUUUUUUCUUACAUACAAAGGUGAUUUUAAUGUUUCAUAAAUGUACACAUGCAGUAUGUAUGGCAAACCUUUACGCUUUGUUAUGUAGCCAUUAUAGUCUCAGUAUCAAUGGUCCCUCUAUGCAUGACUUGAUGAUGCUGUGCUCUGCUGAAAAAGGGAUACAAUUCAAUAUGCAUUUAUGAUCCUUACAAGUUUCUUGUGUAAACUUGCUUAUGAUGAUAUUUAAAUAACUUGAAUGAUUUCAAAGGAAUUUGUAACUUCUUUACAUAACUCUGAAACAGAGCAACCCCACUAUGUACAUACACAUACACAGUGCUUGACUUGGGCAGGAGCUUGCCGGAGUACUGGCACCUCCUCAGCUUGAGCUCCUGUUCCUCUUAUAUAGAAUAUCAGCUCAAAAGUAUUGUGGAGCUCCUGCAUCUAAAUAUAAACAGUACCGGCACCCAGAAUGAGUACCGGAACAUAUUUCAGUCCAUGUCAAGCACUGAAUAUACCGUAUCAAACAAACACAUGGCUUGUCCCAUGAUUUGUGAUGUUAUUUAUGUAAAUAGCCACUGAUGUGUACUGUACAGAGAGAUGGCAACCUGGCUCUAAUGAUGUAUUUGUACACAUUAUUAUUCUAUAUUUCUGAUUGCUGUGUCAAAUAAACCUUUUUUUCUUUAGCCUAGUGUGCCUCCAAAAUGGCACCCUAUUCCGUAUAUAGGGCAUUGCUUUUGACGAAAGCCCUAUAGUUUUUGGUCAAAGGAAUAGGAAUAGGGUGCCAUUCUGGAUGUACAUUAGAGUCUGUUCAGAAGUUGCCUAUUGCGGUUAUCUCUCAGGAAAGUGUGUUGUUAUUAGCUCUUUUAUUUACUUAGGACAACUCCACACAACUAUAUUUUGGUAUUUGUUUCAUUAGUCCAUUGUUGAUAUAGUCCCAAAAUAUUUUGCAUUUCUGCAAUCAAUUUUCAAAAUGCAUAUAAAUCCAGCUUGUAUGAUGCAUCAUAUGAUGCUGCGUUUUGGAUCAUGAUGCAAAAUGCGUCAUACCUGCUAUAUUUCUGUAUAGUUGUGUGUAUAUAUAGAAGUUGUAUAUCUUCAUUGCUGACAUACAAAACAUUUUGGGACUAUAUCAACCAUGGACUAAUGAAAAAAAAGCGAGUUUUCGGGUGGAAUUUUCAUAUAAGUGUUCCCCUAACUCUCUGCCUCCACUCUCUCUGAAGAACAGUGAAGUGGUCAGACACAUACAGUAAUGUGAUGCUCUUUGGGUGCAGAUGAUUUGAUUUUCCUUUUUGGUCCUCAAGAACAAUGUAUGUGAGACAGAAAGAGUAUUGGACUCGUAGAAUGGACCCAUUCAUUGAUGUAGGCCUAGAUUACUGGUAAAGAUGAACAUCAAACUUAAACCUUCUUUGGCUGCUACCAUAUAGUUACCAUAUACCUACAUCAAUAUUGUCCCCUAGGGUUGCAAAAUGCAAAUAACAUUUCCCAGGUUUUCCAGAAAUUUGAGUUUGAUGGAUUGAAAGUUGCUCUUUGUUUUCUCUCAUGAAUGUGGAUGGUUAUAGAUCUCCAGGACUCCCUUUUAAACAGUAAAACCACCCUCUCUAAAUAACGACACACCAGAUGAAUUAACACACCAACCCUGAGAGAUGGCCGACCUCUUUUACUGGAAUUGCAGGACAUGAUGCAUGUAAACAUUUCAGAGAUGAACAUUGGAAAAUAAAUAUUUAUAUCAUCUUCA